AUGUUUUGGGAUGAAUUUGUGUCGGCCAACUGGGAGCACAAAGGUCCUGUCGUGCUCCUUUUCAUCAUCCUCCUCAUCAUGCUCUUCGCCUGCGUCCGAGACUGUCGUUCCUCUAAGCAGCAGGUAACAAUAAUUAUAAUAGGUAUAAAACAUACCGUAAACCCACUUCAUACAGUAUAAAUAGAUUAAAUACCAGAAAAAAUGCAGUAAAAUAACGAGAAAUGAAAAUCCACUUUAACGAGUAGACUCUGAUCCGGAGUUAAGCAAGAAUUCAACCGAACGGGAAAGAAUUGAUUUUUGAAAUUUGGGAGUUUGACCUAUAGAGGAUCAGUGUAAAAUUUGAAAUCGGCUGACUCUUUUUUACACAUUUUUAUCUCACCAUGGUCAGAACGUGUUGAACUGCAUUUUGAUAGAGUGAGUCUGCAUUUCGAAAAUGACUUAUGAACUACAAAGUGAUCCCUAUAGGAGCAAACUCGGGGUCUGUUGCAAGUUCUCCUCUAGAGAUCCCUCUACCUCCCCUUUAGGGGCCCUUGAUGAAGCUUGCAAAAGUGGCCCCUCUAAGAGUUAGUUAGCGGCCCCUUAUAGAAGUUUAAGCUUUAGGGGCUUAGUGGUCAGACUUUCAACCCCUUUAGGGACGACCUUAACUUUAUCCCGGCAGGGGGCACUUUUUUUGUCCACUAUAGGUAGGGACCGCAGGCCAAUUUCCAAAGUCAGUGAUAUAAAGUUGAAACCUAUAUGAAAAGAAAGCUGAUGGCAAUCGAGAGCUAACUGCGAAAACAGAAAAGAAAAAAAUAUGAAAAAAAUGAAAAAAGUUAUAAGCAAAAAAAGUGGCGAAAUCGGGGAACCACUUUUUGUGUAGAAACUUUCGUCAGGGUCGCAGGAAAAAGGGGCGUGUUUAUAGAUGCCGCGCGCUCCUUGCUGUGCGUUAAUUCACGCAGGAGACGUUUCGAAAAACAUAUUUAUUUGUGUUUUUUUAGAAGUUUUUAAAUGAAAUAUUAGAGUUUUUCAUAUUGAAUAUUGCUCUUUUUCAAUAUCAGCCUACUCUUCAAGCACUCACGCUGCUGAAAAAGCAAGUUUUGAAGAAGGUUUCAAUGCAUUUCGUAAAAAAAGAAAAUAACCGACAAAAUAGACCUCUGCGAAGGACUAACAGCAUUAAACCGAAUUGAAAAUGUAACAGUCUACUAAGAAAUUUACUGAAAAAAAUAUGUAAAUAAUCACCAAGUCCUUUUUUUCAGAGAGUUUUUUUAAAAAAGGGCGUAAACGUUUUUUUACUUUUUGACUUUCUACUUCUUUUUAUUUUUUUCUCUAAAGUUUGUGCGUCUACAUGGAGUGUACGUAAACAAUUUUUUAGAACUCUUUACUUGACAUUCUGAAAAAAAUUCAAAAAAAGUUGAGUAAAAGCGAAAUUUAAUACUUUUUCUCGCUGCUAUAAUGGAUAUAAUGAUAUAGGAAAAAGAUUCCAAUUAUGAAAUGAGUAAAAAGCAACUAUAAAGCCACAAUAAAAUGAGAAAACUUGAAUAGAAUACAUAAAUAGUUAAAAAAAAACCUUCUUCACGCUUUCGAAAAAUUUCGUGGCCUUCGCGGUGUCUGCAGAUUUCCAGCGACGCGCAGUUUUAAAAAUAACUUUCGAGCGUUUAAAUUAACCAUACUUUUCGGGCCAUCCUAGGAAUUUUUUUAUUUUUUGAUAUGUUGUAGAGAAAUGUCUAAUGUUUGAUAUUAUGAAAUAAAAAAACUUGCCCAGAACGCUUUGGGCCGUUUUUCGAAGCGUUACAAAAAAACGGAAAUUUCAAGCUUUCAUAUAAACUAUAUAAUCGAUGAAAAAAACUUAGUUUUUCUAUUUUUUUAAAAUUUGCAAACAACUGCAAACAACCGUUUAAAAAAAUAUAAUCAGUAAUUAUCGAUUGCGUUUUUUUCGAAAAAGGAAUUUCGAAAAUCGUGAUUUUUCAAAUUGCGUUAUUUUUUUGAGGCCAACCAUAGAAUUUUUUUAUUUUUUUGUCAGAAUAUGCGUUUUUUUAGUUGCUUUAUGAUAUUCAAGAAUAAAAAAAGUUGCCCAGAAACUUUCAAGAAAAAAACGGGAUUUUUUUAUCCGUUUUUCGGCCACAAAUGCGUUUUUAAAAAAACUGUCGUCAUAAAUUCAUAUUUCUCAUUUUUUUCAGUGUUUUUCUUUUUAUGUAGGAUUGUUAAGCAUAGCCGAUUGUAUGUUUCCCCAAUUUUUUUCUCAAAUCGGUACAAGAAAACUGUUUUUAAAAUAUAAAAAAAGAACCAAAAAUGCAACGAAAAUGACGAAGUUUUUUUGAACAGCGAAGUGGGCGUGGCUCUGCGGUCCCCUAACUAUAGGGCUGGUGUUUCCCUUAAUCUCUAUAGGGACCACUCUGGCUUUCCUAUUUGUUUCGCCGUGAUUUUAAUCUUUUUUCUUCUUACUUUCACUAAAACCUCCAAUUUCCAGGAGUCCUUCGAUCCGCAAAGAAUGACUGAACCGCAAGCGCCACCGCCGAAGAUUACCGUAACCGACGGAAAAACUGGUGUAGAGCGAGUAAUUCAAGAAUGA